AUAUAUUUGAAAAAAUUGUUGAUCCUAUCUUCAUACCGAAGGGAGGGGUUUGAAUUGGCUAAGGAUGUUAUAUCAAUAAACAUUUACCAUAAUAAUAUCUACCGUUAGAAAAAAUCCAGAAAUAAAGCUACGAUCUCCUACUAUCCAGCCCACGGAAACCCCUACACCAGCGGCCUUAUUGGCUUAAAUCAACCGUCGAUUCUGCUGACCCCUACUUGUCAAUGGUCUAAUUUCGCUGCCUACUGUCACUUUCGCCCACAAUCGAACGAUCACCACUUUCUCUCUCUAAAAGUUUUUGAUUUUUAGCUGUUCUUCCAGAUUCGUUGCAACAAAUCCGCGUGUUAGUUUCGGAAGGCUUUGGAUAUAAACCGUAGGUUGUGAACCAAGUCUCUUUGGAUCUGCAAGGAACUUUAUACGCUCUUGUCGUGUAAAGGCUGUUUGUGUGACUCCAAGGACUAUCCUUGCCAAUUACUUAAAGACAAGCGUAUCCAUUCGUUAAGAAUUUUCUCAUUGGUGUCUGAAACCAGCUUGAUGCCUUUAGCCGUUUCACCUCAGUGGCAAGAGAAAGCCAGUGGUUUCUUCUCAUCUUCAGGGACAAAGCUGAAAGAAGCUGGGCAAUCUGCAGGAUCAUUUGUGGGUGAGGUUGCUAAAGAUGCAAAAGGCAAUGUUUCUGAAGUAGCAGAACGGGUCGGGUCGGUGGUCAAAAGCCGAUGGUCACUUUUUCAGCAACCAUCCACAAGACAGGCGAUGCAGGAACGUCUUGUCUCCGCUGCUGCUACUACAAGUUAUUUUCUUCGGAGGGGUGUAACAGAGACUAAAGAGAAGGUUGUUGUAGGGAAAACUAAAGUGGAAGAGGUGGCAAAGAAGACUGCCCAGAAAAGCAAAACUCUAUUGACUGAUAUUGAGCGGUGGCAGAAGGGUGUUGCUAGCACCGAUGUGUUUGGUGUGCCGGUAGAGGUUACAGUUCAGCGCCAAGAAUCCAGCAAACCUAUUCCUUCUUUGUUGGUCAAAUGUGCAGAUUAUCUCGUAUUAUCAGGCCUGAAUUCGCCUGAUUUAUUCAAGUCUGAAGGAAACAAGAGGGCAAUCCAGCAACUUGUGUCGUUGUACAACCAAGACUUAAAUGCACCACUACCUGAAGGUGUGAACCCAAUAGAUGUUGCCGCUCUUGUCAAGUGUUACUUGGCCAGCCUUCCACAGCCAUUGAUCACUUUUGAACUACGCAAUGAAAUCCGAGGUGCACGUUCUAGCAUACCUCUGAUGAGAAACAUAUUGAAAAAACUUCCAGCAGUUAAUUACAUGACACUGGAGCUCGUCACUGCAUUAUUGCUCCGUGUUAGCCAAAAAUCGCUUCUUAACAAGAUGGAUGCUGGAAGCCUUGCCAUGGAGAUGGCUCCUAUUAUUAUGUGGCAAAAGGGACAGACACCCGAAACUUAUAAACAGUAUUGGAACCAGCCAUCAACAACUCAGUCAAAUACAAAUGCUGCCGAUCCUGUACAAAACUAUAGCGAAUGGGAUAUGCUUGCAGAUGAGAGUGAAGAUAUGGAUGUAUCUUCGGCGAUUCCAUUGGAUGAUGGUGUGACAAUAGACUUGAGUGCCAUAGAGGUUUUAAGGUGUUUAAUAGAACAUCACAAUGCCAUCUUCACUGAUGCGAAUGAGACUGUUUGGAGGUGACCAGUCAACAUUUCUUAAUCAUUUUUCUUCGAUAUUGAUUCAACUUUCUGACCAAUAUUUCUGAAAUCAUCAACUUACCAUAAAGUUUGGAUUUUUUUUGGUACUUCAUUUGGUUUGAUCUGCUGUAAAUUUAGGUUGGCUAGAAGUGGUAUGCAAAGGAUUGUUUUGCUAGUUUGUAUAUUGGUACUUUCCCUCUAAAAGUGUACUUUUUAUACAUUUUAAAAUAUUUAUAAUAAAUAAUAUAUUCCACCA